UAUCAAACAAGAUUCAACUCCGUCUCUGCACAGGAGGCGCCGUUAGAAUUAGUCCCUCAAUUAUGAAUCAUUAUAAUAUCAUUCUUUCCGUUACAUAAACCCCACCGGAGCUCCUCCGCAGCUACGCCUCCGAUUCCGAUGGAUCCGCUGACGCUCCUCCGGGAGUACACCAUCCGGAAUUCGCUCGACAAGAUCGUCCGAGUCAAGGACGACUUCCGCUUUGGAACCGACUACUCCUUCCCGGCGGCGAUCGAGACCGCCUUCCGUUCAAAGAACGUGCAGCAGACGCGCCGCUACACGCUCGAAACCCUAGUUCACUUCAUCACCAAUCACCACCUCAAGCACACCGACUACAUCCAGAACGCCCGCUCCCUCCGCAUCCCCGCCGUCACUCUCCCCGAUCGGAAGCCUCUGCUCGAUUACCUCACCGGAAAAGUCCAAUCCUCCGAUUCAAUUCUCCCGCUCGAAUUCCCCAACAUCAACACCCAAAUUGUUAUUCCAGAUCGCAAUUCUCAGCCGGAAUCGACCGCAGAGGGUAAUUUGGAGAGCGGCGUGAAAUUGAUUGAGCUAAUUAGGGCAAAGGAGCGGCCGAUUAAAGAUCGCGAGGCAAUGCUGGUGUUUAAGAAGCGCGAUUUCUACAGCGUAUUGAUUUCAGCCACAAAACGCGACGAGGAGAGGCAGAGGAUGGAAGCAUUGCAGAGAAAGGACAACAUAGUUGCAAAGAAUCGAAUCGAGAGCAGAGGAUUCACCAUCGGCGAGGAGGCAACAAAGAUGCGUAAAAUUGGGGAUGGCGUGCCGAUCAUCUUGGUUCCGAGUGCGUUCUCUACACUGAUCACCAUGUAUAAUGUAAAAGAGUUUUUGGAGGAUGGAGUCUACAUUCCAAAUGAUGUGAAGCUGAAGCAGAUGAAAGGGGGAAAGCCUGAUUGUGUGACAGUGCAGAAGAAGUUCAGUAGGGAUCGUGUGGUGACAGCUUAUGAGGUUAGGGACAAGCCAUCUGCACUCAAGACCGACGAUUGGGAUCGAGUGGUUGCAGUCUUUGUUCUUGGGAAGGAGUGGCAGUUCAAAGACUGGCCUUUCAAGGAUCAUGUAGAAAUCUUCAAUAAGGUUGUUGGAUUUUACAUUCGGUUUGAGGAUGACAGCGUGGAAUCUGCGAAAACUGUGAAGCAAUGGAAUGUCAAGAUAAUUUCGAUUAGCAAAAAUAAGCGACAUCAAGAUCGAGCUGCAGCCCUCGAGGUGUGGGACAAACUUGAAGAAUUUAUGCGGUCUCGAUCUCGUUAAGAUGCGUGACAAGGAUGUAGAAACAAAUACAAAUUCCUUGUAGGUAAUGUUUUCGACAACCUAUGUCCUUACCUUUUUGGAAUACAGUUAUAUAUAUAUAUGUUUUGGAUGUCAACGGUUAUUACCAUAGUUCGCUCCUGAAAAUCAAGUGUAAUUAUUUCCGGAUAUAUAAAAUCAGCAUGGUUAUGGAGAAGUCCUCCGCGGCCUGUGUUAGUCGAUGAUAACAUUAUUUUCGAUUGUUUCAUUUCUUCUUUGUAGUAUAGUGGUUAGAAUUACCUGCAACGAGGUUGUCCUAAUCAAUUGUAGUAUGUUAUGUUAUGUACUGUUAGUUCA